AUGGCUGCGCCCAUGAUUUGUGCAAGUUGUGUGUUUGUAUUUUGAGACUCCAUGGGAAAUGGACGAAAAUUCGGAGAAAAUGACUUUGGAACUUUUUGUUAGAAAAACUUUGGAUUUGUUGAAUAAGGAGAGAGAAGCAGAAGUUGAAGAAACGAGGGUGCUAACAGAGAAACUACCACCAAAAGAAUUACAGAGACGAGGUGUGUGUUUGCUGAAACUUCGUUUGGCAGGAAGAAAAUCAGGUCUCUAUGGAAGAACAUUAGUGACCUUUGAGCCUUUCUGGGCAGGGAAAGACUUUCCUUCACACAAUCUCACCCCAGGAGAUAUUGUUGGUCUGACUUUAUCCCAGGGAGAUACUCAGAAUGAAUCACUGGCUUCUGGGAUUGUGUCUAAGGUGGGACAGUCACAGAUAAGCAUUGCUUUUGAUGACACACAUGACAUCUUCAGUCUUGAUGAUGAGGUCCAGUACAAGGUCACCAAGCUGGCCAAUGAUGUGACAUACAGGCGCCUCAAAAGAGCACUGAAUGAUCUGAACAACUACUCCAGUGGAAGGGCUUCCCGUCUUGUCAACAUUCUGUUUGGCGUUUCUGAGUUGUCUCCCCCCUACUGACCCAAAGAUAUCAAGUACGUGAAUGAGUCCUUGGAUAAAUCUCAGAGAGAGGCUGUUGACUUUGCACUUCGCCAGCGUGAACUGUCCGUGAUCCAUGGCCCCCCUGGGACAGGGAAGACAACCACGGUGGUGGAGAUCAUCCUCCAAGCAGUCAGGAGGGGCAUGAAGGUUUUGGCAUGUGCCCCGUCUAAUGUUGCUGUUGACAACCUGGUCGAGCGUCUGUCUCAUCAUCUGCAAAAGAUUUUGAGGAUCGGCCACCCUGCCCGUCUGCUUCCCCACAUUCAGAAGUACUCCUUAGACGCCAUCGUCUCUGGUAGUGAGGAGAAUAAACUGGUCCAUGAUGUACGUCGAGAUCUGGACAAGGCCAUUUCUCAAGUGAAGCAGACCCGGAACAAGGGAGAGAAGCGGGGUUUGCGAGAGGAGAUGCGGCAUCUACGUAAGGAGCUGGUCCAGAGGGAGGAGACAGCGACAAGGGAGAUACUGCGCCGUGCUGAUGUUGUCUUGGUAACACUAACCAGCGCCUCUGGCGCUGGACCUCUGAGACUUCUGGAUGAGGAACACUUUGACCUGCUUGUCAUUGACGAAUGUUCCCAGGCACUUGAGGCUGCGUGUUGGAUGGCGCUGCUCCGAGCUCCUCGCUGUGUGUUGGCUGGGGAUCAUCGACAGCUGCCUCCCACUAUACUCUCACAUGAAGCAGCUCGGAAUGGUCUUGAGCUGACGCUGAUGGAGCGAGUGUUGAAGGAGCAGGGGGACGAGGUGGUGAGGAUGUUGACAACGCAGUACCGUAUGAACGAGAACAUCAUGCAGUGGUCCUCUGACCAGCUGUACGAAGGCCGGCUCAUCGCUCAUGACUCUGUCAAGACGCAUCUGCUCAGAGACUUGCCUGGUGUGAGUGACUGUGAGGAAACUAGUUGUCCCCUGUUGCUGGUAGAUACAGCCGGUUGUGACCUGUAUGAACUGGAACUCCCCGAAGAAGUGUCCAAGGGAAAUGAAGGUGAAGCUGAUAUUGUGGCCUCACAUGUUGAGAAAUUGAUAUCUAGUGGUCUGCGACCUGAGGAUAUUGCAGUUAUUGCCCCUUAUAACCUUCAGGUGGAGCUACUGCGUGUGAGACUGUCAUCAACAUACCCUAAACUGGAGAUCAAGUCCGUGGACGGCUUCCAAGGGAGGGAGAAAGAAGCUGUUGUCAUCUCUUUUGUCAGGAGUAAUUCAAAAGGUGAAGUGGGCUUUUUGGCCGAGAAUCGUAGAAUAAAUGUGGCCAUCACUCGAGCACGCCGCCACGUGGCAGUGAUCUGUGACACGGAGACAGUCAGCCAUGACAAGUUCCUGAAGACCCUGGUGGAGUACUUCACGGAGAGGGGGGAAAUCUGGUCUGCCCAGGAAUACAUUCAAGACGGCAAGGUGACCCACACAAGUUCGCGUCCUGAACAACUGGAGAAUCUGUUGUCUGUCAAGUCCUCCACCAAGCAGAAAUCUAAAAGCAAAGGUGAAGGUCAUAAACAGAGUAAAGGUGACAAGGGUCACCAGAAGCAGGUGCAGAAAUCAGGUCAAAGGUCAAAUGAAGGAGGUGCAAGACCCAAGCAGCCAGCUUCGGAGGAGGGUGCUGUGCGUGAUGUAGAGGAGAAGGAGGCAGAGUUUGUCAAGUACCUCGAGGACUUCCUGGCCAACCCCGAGCAGACAUACCUGGACUUCCCAGCAUCUCUCAACUCUCAUGACAGGCUGAUUGUACACCAGUUAUCAGAGAAGCUUGGCUUACUCCACAUCAGUAAAGGGGAAAUGAAGGACAGGCACAUUGUUGUGUCCAAACCGAACUAAAAUAAGGAAAACAAGCCGACAAAUGAUGGCAGUGUUAUGCCUGAUGUUGUACACACAGAUUCAUCUGUGAAGUGUGAUGAGACAAAUGUGGAACAGGUUGAAAAGAAAAGUGAUAAAGUAACUUGUGAAAUAUGUGGUAAGGAGGUUCUGAAUGCAAACAUCCAGCUGCAUUCUGUUCAUUGUGCUAGGCAGGUCAAGGCCAAACUGACAGAAGGUCAAGGCCAGUCAUCGAAAGUUGAGGCCAAAUCUAAGAAAAAGACAAAAAACACAAAACAGGAUGCAGCUUUACACCGUACAGCAUCUGCACUGGAAAAAAUCAAAGACGAUGAUUUUGAUAGUUUGAUAGCAACUGUACAGAAACUUGACAAUAGGUGCUGUUUUACAAAAUGUAAACAGUUCACCACAACCCUGGGUCAUACCUGUGACUUCUGUUCGAGGAGGUUCUGCCUGGCCCAUCACAUCCCUGAGAUCCAUGGAUGUGGAGCUGAUGCUAAGGCUGCAGCCAGACAGGCCAUGGUCAAGGAAGGAAUCCUCUUCAGGGGGAAUGUUGCACCACAGAGAAAACUGGACCCUAACAAGCGAGCUGGUUUACAAAGAAAGUUGGAUAAGAAGCUAGACGAGAUGGCAGGAAUGCGUUCGUCAAAGAAUAGCAAGAAAUGAUGUUAGGCAGGUCCUAUGGAUAUGUACUACUCAACAGUUGCUAAGGACCUAGUCACCUUUGGUAUCUGGUCUAGCCUUUAACAAACGUUGAGUAGUGUGUCUGUGAAUUAAAGGAGGAAUGUAUUUGAAAGUUGUCUUUUCAUAAUCUGACAUUGGGGUAGCCCAGUGGUUAAGGCACUAGCUUGUCAAACUGAAGACCUGGGUUUGAUUCCUUACAUGGGUACUAUGUAUGGAAGUCAUUUCUAUGGUGUGAUAUGAAUAUUGCCAAAGACUCAUAAAACCUAAGAGUUGUUCUGAAACUAUUUUAUGAAAAUGGGGCAUCUUUUAUCAAAAAGUACUGAAAUUUGUUCUACCAGUCGGGUCAGCUAGUCAAGAGGCAAAACAUGCAUUUAGAAUUUAGACCUUGAUGAAACCAUUGCAGCAUAAUAUUUUGAACAUCAUGAGUUACGAAUAUCAUGAAGGUGCAAAGCUGACAAAAAACAUAUCCUAACCCCACCACACACUUAUCUCCUCGUUGUUUCAGAGAAAAUAGUGUUAGAAACAGUGUCAAAAAGUAUUUCAAAUCGAGGCUCAUGAUGUUAAUCACUGGAUCUUCUGGUUUAAACUCUAUUAUUUUCAGACCGAUGUCAUAUUGCUGAGUGCAAUAACAAACACUAAACACACUAACAUAGCUUGACCAUUGAAGCUGAAAUUUGGCAAGCAGGUGCCGUCUUUUGAAGACAUUUUGUUCCAAUUAAUAUAUUUUUGUUGUUGUUUAGUAAAAUAAUUUUAAAAUCAAAUUUUACAAACAGGUAUUAGUGGUGAGAGAUGACUGGUGGUCAGUCUUGGUGAUGCCAACACACCCAAACAGCAUGGAUUGUUGCCCAUAUAUAUCAAUCACUGGACAGCCAGCUCACAGAGCUCUGUCCCCUAGAAAAUACUGAUGUUAUUUUCUGCUGUUCAUAACUGUGAUAAUAAAUAUGUCCUCACAUUA